GCCUACCCGUUUGUAGAGGCUCUUCGCUUUCUCUGUCUGGCCUCAGCGCUCCACACUCUUUUGCCCCUUUCCAGUUGUGCAUGACCCCAUCCCAUCCCUUUCACCACCGCCCCUCUUCCUCCUCCCCUAGCUGCACAGCCCCUCGCAGCCAGUUUCCCUCAUAACCCGUCGUCCAGAGGGGGCCGGAAUUAAGCAAAGGUGGUGGGGUGGUGGCCAUGCUGCACCACCACGGUGGCGCCGGGUCCCCUUACAUGGCCCCGACGACGGCUGACACGGGCAUGGACCCGUUCUCGCCGACGCCGGCGACGCGGCCCGCUGUGUCUGUCACCGCCAUACCACCCCCACCGACGAUGCAGUUGCGGCCGGCGGGAGCGGGACCGAGUGCUGAUUUCGAGGAAUUGCCAGCGGGCGGCGCCGGCGCCGGUGCCGCGGCCAGCCUCCAGGACGACGACAUGCAGAUGCAGGCCGACUACGGCGCCAGCGCCGCGGGAGCGUCCGGCUCGGGCGGCAACCGGUGGCCGCGCGAGGAGACGCUGGCGCUCAUCAGGAUCCGGACGGAGAUGGACGCCGACUUCCGGAACGCCCCCCUCAAAGCGCCGCUCUGGGAGGACGUCGCCAGGAAGCUUGCCGGGCUGGGCUACCACCGGAGCGCCAAGAAGUGCAAGGAGAAGUUCGAGAACGUGCACAAGUACUACAAGCGCACCAAGGACGCCCACGCCGGGCGCCAGGACGGCAAGAGCUACCGCUUCUUCUCGCAGCUGGAGGCCCUGCACGCCGCGGCGCCGCAGCCGCAGCCCCCCUCGGGCAUGACCACGGUGCAAGCUGGCCCUCAUCAUCCGAUGGCAUUGGCAUGGACGGCGGGCCCUACGGCGCUGGGCCCUGCCGCUGGCGCCGGCCUGCCGGACCUCAGCUUCUCGUCGAUGUCAGGGUCGGAGUCCGAGUACGACUCGGACGACGACGACGACGAUGAUGCCGGGGAGGAGGGCCUCGGCAGGGGCGAGUACCACAGGGAGAUGAUGGCGAUCUUCGAGGGGAUGAUGAAGCAGGUCACGGAUAAGCAGGACGCCAUGCAGCGCGUGUUCCUGGAGACGCUCGAGCGGUGGGAGGCGGAACGCACAGCGCGCGAGGAAGCGUGGCGGCGCCAGGAGGUCGCCCGCAUGAACCGCGAGCGCGAGCGGCUCGCCAGGGAGCGCGCCGCCGCGGCCUCCCGCGACGCCGCGCUGAUCGCGUUCCUCCAGUGCGUCGGCGGUGGUCAGGGGCAGCCCGUGCGGCUCCCUCCACACAGCGCCGGCGCCAGUGUCGUGCCCGCGCCGCCAAAGCCGGACUGCGCCCCUCCGUCGCCCCGGCUCGACGCGGCUGCCACCUCGCUUCAGCAGCUGGUGCCCGCGCAGCUCAAGGCGGUGGAGGCCUUGGCGUGGGCGGGAGGCGAGGGCGGCGGGUCCACGUCGUCGCGGUGGCCCAAGGAGGAAGUGGAGGCGCUGAUCCAGGUGCGGAACGAGAAGGACGAGCAGUACCAUGAUGCGGGGGGCAAGGGGCCGCUUUGGGAGGACAUCGCCGCCGGGAUGCGCAGGAUCGGGUACAACCGCAGCGCCAAGCGGUGCAAGGAGAAGUGGGAGAACAUCAACAAGUACUACAAGAAGGUGAAGGAGAGCAACAAGAGGCGCCCCGAGGACUCCAAGACCUGCCCUUACUUCCACCAGCUCGACGCCAUGUACCGCAAGAAACACCGUGGCGACAGAGGCAGAAUAACCGCAGCUGGACCGAACAUGCAGGACAGCCCGAGCCAGCGCGAGCUCGAGGGAAAGAGCAGCAACGAUGUUGACAUUGACAACCGGAAGAGUGAUGAACAGGGAAACGUGCAUACUUCUCCCGUCAGCGGCAACCGUGAUACAGCACCAACGACCACCCGGCCGCCAGGUGACGGCGCCAAAAACAAGACGGCGGAGGACAACUUGAAACGAACGAAUGUGCAGCUCAAGCAACAACAGCAUGAGUUUGGAACGGACGAGACGGACAGCGACGACGACAUGGCAAGAAACCACACAGCCUACACUGAAGAAGACGACGACGAAGCCAAAAUAAAAUACAAGAUGGAUUUCCAGAAUCCUAAUAUGAUAGGGAGCAGCAGCAAUAUGUCUGCACCACCACCACCCGCAGCAGCAGCAGCGACGACGGCUGCGGCACCGACGACUUCAGCUGCCCCAACGAGCAACACCUUCCUUGCCGUUCAGUAGAGGGCAAUGCUGCAGGACCGGUGCCAGCUGAUCAGCAGUUCAGCACCACCUUUUUCCGGCCCAUAAUCACCAAGUAUACCUGCCCUGCCUUUGAACCAUCCGAAUACCAUUUAUUGAUUUGUUCUGUGAUAAGUACCAGAUCAUGAAAGGUUAAAAAAAAACUAGUAGUAGUAAGACUGAAGAACAGAAGAGGUACCAGAGGCGCCCAAACAGAAAGUUCUUUUCUUUUUUCUUACCAUAGGUCAUGUUAUACUGUAGCCCAUUGCUCACAAUUGUACAUUCUUGUGUCAGUCUGAACUUCCAGUAAUCUUAUCCGAUAGAAAUCGAUCGUGGGAUUUGGAGCGGUGAAUCGACCGUUUGUUUCAGGCAUAAAUGACCUUUCAUUUCAAUCGCUCAGAUAACAUAUUGCUGAUUCAUGGUGUCCAGGCUAGAACUUGUUUGUAUAGGCUCUAUCAGCACCUCUGAGUAGGACAUAUUCCCGGAUACUGCUAAAUAUCCUGAUCAAAAUGCCUCACACACUUUACGUCGAUCAUUUAUUUAGCUUGUUGUAUGACAUCUAUGAUAUGCUAAUUCGUGAAAUCAUAGUCCUCUUGUUUAA